AACGGCUGUGGACACAAACGUACAAACGCUUGAGGGCUGGAGGACGCAUGUUCAGUCAAAUUAGACCCAAUAAGCAGAACGCCUCUACUGUUACUCUCAGUUCAGAGGCUCUGUCUGUGCGGUUCCAUGGCUUCCGUGUCCCUCUCUUCUCCGUGCCUGACGCAGAACCGUAAUUCUCUCAGUUUUAGCUCCAUAGCUUCCGAUCAUUUGAGGUUUGGUUCACCUACUGUUGAAUUCGGCUCCGUCAAGAAGUAUCGGAGAGAUAGAGCUGUCGUCUGCAGAGCUUCCUCGGUUGUCUUUCGCAACCUCGAUGCCGAUGACUUUCGGCACCCUCUCGACAAACAGAACACGCUGAUUUUGAGGGCGAUUCCAGGAUUGAAUGAGCUUGGAAAGAUUCUUCUAGGAUCCGUUGCAGAGCAAGUCAUGCUUCUUGAGAAUAUUGGAACAUCCCUUCUGGUUUCUAAAGAUCAGCUUUCUGGUCUACAUCGAUUGAUGGUUGAGGCCGCGGAAAUCCUCAAUAUUGAUGCUCCUGAUCUAUAUGUUCGUCAAAGUCCUGUACCAAAUGCAUAUACUUUAGCAAUAAGUGGUAAAAAGCCAUUUGUUGUUGUUCAUACUAGCCUUGUGGAGCUUUUGACUCGAGAAGAGUUACAGGCUGUUUUGGCUCAUGAGUUGGGUCAUCUCAAAUGUGACCAUGGUGUAUGGCUGACAUUUGCAAAUAUUCUUACCCUUGGAGCUUAUACCAUACCUGGGCUUGGUGGGAUGAUUGCUCAGAGUUUAGAAGAACAGUUAUUUCGUUGGCUUCGAGCAGCAGAGCUAACUUGUGAUCGUGCAGCCCUUCUUGUUGCACAAGACCCAAAGGUGGUCAUCUCUGUUCUAAUGAAAUUAGCUGGGGGCUGCCCUUCUCUGGCUGAUCAACUAAAUGUGGAUGCAUUUUUGGAACAAGCUCGCUCCUAUGACAAAGCUUCUUCAAGCCCAGUAGGGUGGUAUAUAAGAAAUGCUCAAACGAGACAACUUUCACAUCCUCUGCCCGUUCUACGUGCUCGUGAAAUUGAUGAAUGGUCAAGAAGUCAAGACUACACAACUCUUCUGAAACAUGCAACACAGAUCACUGGUGCCAAGAAAGUUUUAACAACACCAGGAAGAUAGUCAAAAUCCAAAGCACUGUGAAAAGGCAGCCCUGCGUCUCACGGCAAAGAGCUACAGAGAUAAAGAGGAUAUGCUAAGAGUUUUUUCUGCUGUAAGUAAAUUCUGCAGAUUGAGGAUGCACAGGUCGUAACUCGUAAGUUGAGUACUUUGGCUUGUCAAUCUUGUGAAAAUAUAAAAGACGUAUGGGUUUUUGAAGUCAUGGUGAUACGCCUUAUAGAAUCAGGUUGUUUAUAAAUAUUGAUCACCACUUUUUCUCUAUGUACAACAGAAACUUUAUUUGGUAAUUAAACUGUAUAUAUUGCAUUACAAAUUUAUAGUUUAUAGAGUUAUUUGGCAUGCCUCCACAACACACAAAAUGAUCAACAGGCACGCUGUGUUGCAUGCAUAUCCCGAAGUAGUACUCUAAUUUUGUCUGGUAUGAGAAGUGCUUGCAGCAAUUUUUGUACUGAAAAUUUGGAAUUAAAGCACAAGAAAGCUGAAAACAAGAAAAGAGUGAGAGUUACAAAAAGUUUCGUGUUUGGUUGUAAUUCUUAGAGCCGAAAUGCCGGGGGCAUGAUUUGCAUGAAGUUGGCUACUGCCCUAUAAAUACUGUGUCCACAUUCAGUUAACAGCACACACAAAUUCCUUAAUUUCUUCUGAGCAAACAUGGCCUCCACCAUUUCCCACCUUCCAGCAUUUUGCUCAACUUUGGUUUUCCUUAUCCUUUUGAACGCGCUCAUUCCUUUUCAUCGUGUUUCAGCUGGUCCAGGAUUGCCUGUUCCCCAUCCUCCACAUUCAGGCUCAGCAUCUGAUCGUCAAUCAAUACGUGCUUCCAAUCCUCUACCUUCAGCUCCAUUAUUUGAUCAUCAAGCAAUGCCUGCUUCCGAACCUCUACCUUCAGCCCCAUUAUUUGAUUAUCAAGCCAUGCCUGCUUCCAAGCCUCCACAUUCGGGCUCAGCUUCAGAUCAUCAUGCAAUGCCUGCUUCGCAUCCUCUGCAAUCAGGCUCAACUGAAGAUCAUCAAGCAAUGCCUGCUUCUCAUUCUCCGCAUUCAGGUUCUGCUUCAGAUGGCAAAAUCACCACAACGGGAACACCGCGGACGCCUAUUCUGUGCGAGAGUGAGAAACCUACUCAACAACAACAGCCAAUGUCUCUGAAGCAGCUAGGGGUUUAAUAUGGCAGAGAAUAACAUAACAAAUAAUGAUUUUAAGUAAAUAAUCUACGACAUCCACUUGUAUCACACACGACAUGCAGUUGGAUGUCAAAAUCAUGCCCAUAAGGACCAUAUGAACGUUUUAUGUUUGACAAUUAAAUUAUUUUUUUGUGUUCUCUCGCA